UGCAUAUAGUCUGUGUAUGUAUCGCAGUACACCACUGCGUAUGGCGGGAAGGGGAAGGUAUCGCCAAGGAGCCAUCACAAACACGGGGUCACCUACUCGCCUCGCUAAUAUACACGAGCGGCGCGUUCAGUCGCUGGCGAGGAGAUAAAUUCCUGUAGUAAGCAACUGUUUACAAAUUGGUGAAAUCAAGGAUUAGUGUUAGCUACUCGAGGCGAUUAACCUCGAAUAUUUUUCCGGUUAAUUUUGCUAAUCGUUUAAUUUUUCGAAUCAUUAUAACUAAGCGAGCGAUGGAAAGCAAAGAAGGCAUAGUUAGGGUGAAGGAGGAGCCGAACGAUACUUGCCCGGAUGCAGGUGACGAUAAUAAUCGAUUCGAUUCGGUGGACUCUGGCGAAGCCAAAAACUUUAAAACAUUUCCAGUUUAUAAAUCACCGACAAAUCACACGAAUGAGGUUAUGGCGUUACAAGAAAAUUUAAAUGGAAAGAUAUUCAUUGACGUUGAGUGCAAAGGUGUAAAACUCGAACCAACCCAUCUAUCAACAGCUAACUGCAAAAUUGAGAAUCAAAGUUGCCAAUCUAUUGUGAAAAAAGAAAACGAAAGUCAGAUCGAUGACAUAACUGAAAAAAUGUUGAUUGAUUUUGAGGGCAAAGGUGUAAAAUCUGAACUGAAAUUUCUAUCGACAACUAACUGCAAAACCGAGCAACCUUUUGUGAAAAUAGAAAGCCAAAUUGAUCAGUUUGAAGAAGAAUCUCGAUUGAAACUUAACGAAUCCAAGGAAGUGAAAAUAUGUAGAAAAAGAACGUCAAACAAAUCAACUCGAGAGUUUAAUCAGUGUCGAAAAACGUUUGAAAGAGAAGAGAGCCCAAAAACUCACAUCAAUAUGACACAUAAAAUCAAUAGACCAUAUAAAUGUGAAAUUUGUCCCAAAUCAUUUGGACAAAAAGGUAUACUCAAUCUUCACAUAAAAGUAGUACAUAAUCGAAUCAAACCCUUCGAAUGUCAUAUUUGUCACAAAUCAUUUGGAUACCAUCACACCUUGAAAAACCACAUAAGUGCAUUACAUAACCGCAGCAAAUCCUUCGAAUGUCAUAUUUGUCACAAAUUAUUUGGAUACCAUCAAACCAUGGAAAAUCACAUAAGUGCAAUACAUGACCACAAAAAACCCUUCGAAUGUCAUAUUUGUCACCAAUCAUUUGGAUACUAUCCAACCUUGAAAAAGCACAUAAGUAAAGUACAUAAAUGUAGCAACCCUUUCGAAUGUGAGAUUUGUCACAAAUCAUUUGAAUACCAAAGUACUCUCAAAGAACACAUAAAUUCAGUCCAUGAUCGUAUCAAACCCUUUAAGUGUGCGAUAUGUCACAAGUUAUUUGAAGAAAAAAGUUACCACACGAUUCACAUAAAUACAGUACAUAUUCGUAGAACAUACGGCAGCAAGAAAAACCUAAAAGUUCACACUGAUGCAAAACAUAAUUAAAUUCAGUUAAUAAUGGUAUAAACUCUAAAAGUUUAAGAUUUGACCGAGGACAUUCGGACAUACGAAAGACUACUCCAUGAGUACACUACUUAAUUUCCGACA